UUGUAACUUUAACGAAGCUUUUCUUGUUUCACACUUUGUAUUUAAAUCUUCAAUUUCUUUUCACCAUAAUUGAAAAUAUAAUCUUUUUGUCUUUUUUUUUUUUUUAAUUCAAAAGUUCAUAUAACUUAAAACAUAAUUGUGGUUUAUUAAUUAUUAUCAAAGUAAUGGAAUCAUCUAAUAAAUAAUAGAAUCAUUAAAGACAAGAAGUAGAAGCUGCAGCAUAGUAUUUGCAACAAUUUUCAAUUUUUCAUCAAUGAUCUUAGGUAAGUACAGAAACAUAAACAAGGAAAAGAAAAAAUUAGAAGAUUUAUCAAAUGUAUCCUCAAAGUUACAAAUCACAAAUAUUCAAAAGAAAAUAUUGUUUAUAAUUAUCACAAUAACUUUCUCUCUUAAAUGAUGUUAGUUGUAUUUUUAUCUUUUAGUGGACUUGCUAACAAACAAUGGCUACCACAAUUUUAGUGAUAUUUCUUUUUAUCUUUACAAUAAUCAAAGAUUCUGAAAAUGUUGUAUAUCCUUGCGUGGUAGAUCCAAAAUGUCAAUGUUUGACAAGUGAUUUAAGUCAAGUAAGAAUUUAUUACAAUAUAAGUGAAAAUUGGAACAUAGCUGUAAAAGCUAGAUCAUGGUCAGAUUUACAGAUUGAUUGUCAAGAAAUGGGAGUAUUGAAUAAAUUGAAUUACUUUAGUAAUCAAUCGGAAAAAAUGCUCAAUUCGUUGGAAUUUAUAAAUUGUAAACUUCCAAAAGUUGGUUCAUUAAGAGAUGUGUCCAAAAUUUUUGGUAUUGAAGGAACAAAAAGACUCUACUUUCGAUCUUUCAAAUAUCUUGGCGAUAGACUGAAAAAAGGACACUUAGAAGGAUUUUCAAAUGUGACUAAAUUAGUUUUGGCCCAUAAUAGUUUUAAUCAUUUACCGAAAGAUAUUUUUUUGAAUUUUCUCAAAUUGGAGCACCUUGAUUUAUCUGACAAUGAACUUGGAAUACUAUCCAAAGGAACUUUUCGAGCAAUACCAAAUCUUAAACAUCUUCAAUUAAAUCAUAAUUUUUUGGAAGAAUUCGUCCCGAAAAUAUUUCACGAAUUACCAAAGCUGAAAUAUUUAGAUCUUAAAGAAAAUUUAUUAGAAAAACUUAAUAAUGAUUUAUUUGACAAUCUAACGAAAUUAAGAUAUUUGAAUUUAAAAACAAAUGCGUUGUCAGAGUUACCGCCAUUGAUUUUUCAUAAAUUAAAAUUAUUAAGAAGAAUUGAUUUGUCUUUUAAUACAUUUCGAGUACUUCCAACGGAAUUAUUUUCUCGAAAUAAAAAAUUGCGUCAAGUAAUAUUGCAUAAUAAUAAAGUACCUUUAUCAACAUUGCCAGAUAAUUUAUUAUCAGAGUUACCACAUCUCGUAAAAGUUAGUUUGAUCAAAAAUGGAAUAAAAGAAUUGUCAGAUCGUAUUUUUCGCAGUUCAACAUCGUUAAGAUAUAUUUUUUUGGAUGAUAAUUCUCUUAGAUCAUUACCUCUGUUUAUUUUCUUUAAUUUAAAAAAUUUAAAAAUACUUUCAAUUAAAAACAACAGAAUUUCGCGACUGCCAGAUGAAAUUUUUUAUGAUUUGGAAAAUCUAAGAAUACUUGAUUUGUCCUUCAAUCGUCUUCCCGUUUUAUUAAGGUACAUGAAAUUAAUCAAAUGAUUUAUUUCUAAUUUAUUAUUGCUUGAUAUGAAAUAUCAAUUUUAAUAAUAUUUUUUAUUUUAGGAAACACUUUGAACAUUUGGUAUCAUUGAAAAAACUCUAUUUGAAUAAUAAUCGUUUAAAAUAUUUCGAAUCAGGAACAUUUUACAACUUAAACAAUCUAACCGUUGCUAGAUUGUCAAUGAAUAAGUUAACGUUAACAAAUAGUAUCUUAGAAAAAGAUUCUCCAUUUAUUUAUAAUUCUAUUCUCAAGGAAUUGGAUUUAUCUAAGAAUAGAAUAGCCAAUUUUAUUUUCGAUUGGUUGGUACAUAACAAUAACUUAACAAUAUUAGAUUUAACUGACAAUAAUAUAAAAGAAUUAAGGGUAAAUAUCAAAUUUCAUUAUUCAUACAUAAUAUAUUAUUAUUAUUAU